CUUCAUCAAUAUCAAGACUUGUCGGAACAUUUUUUAUGACGAAGCAAUGAGAUGAUGAUGCUCCUGGUUGGUAAACAGAAUAAUCGCCCUUAAAUGCAGCUGUUUUCCAAUUCUCAUUUCGAUAUUCAUUGAUGAAUUUAUAUUUACUUUUAUUAUCUUAUUAUAAAGUAGAACGAUCUCAAGAAAGACAAGCAAUUGAAUCAUUUAUACUAUUACUAUUACGUUUAUUAUGGUAUUCUAACAGUGGUGUGAAUUUUUAUAUUUAUAUAUUAACUGGGAGAUUAUUUAGACAAGAAUUAAUUAAAAUAAUACCAAAAUAUUUUCAUACACAAACACAAUCAACAAGAACAACAAUAACAAAUAUUUACCAUUUAAGAUCAGUACAACAAUCAUAA